CUUAUCUUUGCCUAUCCCACAAAUUUUGUUUACAUUAUAUAUAUAUAUAUAUAUAAUUAGUUUUAAUGGCCUGAGUCAGACAUUAUUAACUUAUUCAAUUCCCACUCUCUCACCAAUCUAUUGCAUUCCACAGAAGAACCGUGUCAGACGUAACCCGAUGGAGGAUCUUCUUCUGCUUCAUUGCUCUGCAAGCUACGCACCUCUAUCGCCUAUGAAUUUCCUGAAGCAAGCAGCCAAGGUUUGUGGAGAUAAGGUUUCCAUCGUUUAUGGCACCGUUGGCUUCUCCUGGAGAGAAACUCAUGAUAGAUGUCUCAGAAUUGCUUCUGCUUUGUCCCAGCUGGGGAUUUCUUCUGGUGAUACUGUCGCAGCUUUGGCGCCAAAUAUUCCGGCAUUAUAUGAGUUGCAUUUUGCCGUUCCAAUGGCUGGUGCAGUUCUCUCUGCACUUAACAUUAGGUUGGAUACAGCUACCUUAGCUGUAAUACUAGAAAAACUGGAGGCCAAAUUUAUUUUUAUCGAUAAUCAAUAUGUUCACGUUGUCCACGAAGCACUUGAAAUUCUAUCCCAAAAGAAGGGCAAGCAACCGUUUGUAGUGUUAAUCCAAGAAGAUGACCAGGCAACAACCCUAGUGGCAAAUUACGAGUUCGCCUCUGGUAGUAUGAAGUAUAAUGAUCUUCUUGGAAUGGGAGGGACUGAUUUCGAAAUAGUAAAACCAAAGGAUGAUGGUGAUCCAAUUUCUGUGAAUUUUACUUCCGGCUCAACUGGAGAACCUAAAGGAGUAUUAUACAGCCAUAGAGCUGCCUAUCUCAAUUCAUUAGCAUCUGUUAUCCGGUAUGACAUGAGGAUUGCCCCAGUGUUUUUAUGGACAGUGGACAUGUUUCGAUGUAAUGGAUGGUGUUGCACUUGGGCAAUGGCUGCUCUUGGCGGCACCAGCAUCUGCCUAAGAAAUGUCUCAGCAAAAGUCAUAUUCGAUUCCAUUCAUCUUCACACUGUAACUCACUUGUGUGGUGCACCUGCCAUUUUGAACAUGAUUGCGGAUGCACCAGCCUGUGAGCAAAGGCCACUUCCCUGUAAGGUUCAUGUUAUCAUUGCCGGUGUGUUGUCAAUGUCCCAAGUGCUCAAGGUUGAAGGAUUAGGUUUUACCGUUAGCUAUGCGUAUGGAAUGACAGAGGUCCUUGGCCCUGCAAUUGUUAGGCCAUGGAGAGCUGACUGGAAUUCUCGUUUCUCCAACGAACACAAAAAUGAUCAAUUCCAGGUUGGACUUGAUAACCUUGUGAUUGAAGAGGUUGAUGUGAAAGAAGCCGAUAGCAUGAAGAGCGUACCACGUGAUGGAAAAACAAUUGGAGAGAUAAUGUUUAGAGGCAAUACAUUGAUGUCAGGGUACCUCAAAAAUCCUAAAGCAACUCAGGAAGCUUUUAAGGAUGGAUGGUAUAGGACCAGAGACCUUGGGCUUAUGCAUCCAAAUGGUGUCAUACAACUGAAGGACCGCGCGAUGGAUAUUAUUGUUUCAGGGGGAGAGAUUAUUAGCACAUUGGAGGUGGAAGCAGUGUUGUUAAGCCACCCGAAGGUUUUGGAGGCUGCAGUUGUUGGAAAGCAUGAUGAUUGUUUGAAAGAGAAGCCUUGUGCUUUUGUGAAAUUGAAGGAGGGAUAUGAUGCAAGUUCUGUAGAGAUUGUCAAAUUUUGUGAGGAACAACUGCCAGAUUUUAUGGUUCCUCGAAUUGUAGUUUUUGGGGAAUUACCAGUCAAUUCGACAGGGAAGGUGCAAAAAUUUAGUCUCAGGCUGAAGGCUAAUGCCAUCCAUAACAAUAGGAUCAGUCCCAAAAAUGGGUGCCAGAGAUCGUAAAAGGUUUUUGUUUGAUAAGUAUCUUCACAAAUUAAACUUCUCUAUUCACAGUUCUAGCCAUAUUUCAUAUUUGACUUGCAUGCUUUGUUUGAUUAAUAAGCUUUUGAAACAAACAAUUUUCUUCUCAACUUUGUCUCAAGUUUCUGCCAGCAGUAAUAGUAAUAAUAAUAAUGAUGAUAACAGGCGUAGUUCAGACAUUUUAGAAGUGUGUGAUGUAAAUACAGAGAAUUAAGCAAUGUUUCCCUUUCAAAAAAAAUUAAGCAAUGUUUCAAGUUUCAACCCCUCUUUACUGAAACAGGGCCAGCAACCAGCCUGCUCUUAGGCCAAUCAAACAUAUUUUAAAAUGGGAUCCUACAUAUUACAAAACUUCUUCAAUGUAAGGUGAAAGUGAAACUAGAUUUUGCUUCCAGGCCACUAAGUGGGUGAAAGAGUAAAAAACAAAACGAGCUAAAUUAAUUAGUAAUCUUUUUAAAAUUAAACUUUGGAGGUGAUUUAUAAAUUUAAUUUACCUCACUGAUUAUGGUGGGACAUUAUGGAGGGGAGGCCUUAAUUAUAGUGGAAAUUUCUAAACGAACCAAGGUGUCGCUAAGCGAUAUCUACUUUCCUAAUGGAAUUGCACUGUCACCCUCAUGAUCAAGAUUAUCUAGUCUUAAUUUUGUGAGACUUCUAUGCUUUUGGUCAGUCACACCAGGGUUACUUAAUUAAUUGGAAAAUAAUUUCUCAUCUCUUAUUUUAUCAGAUCAUUAAAUAACCUUAAUGCAGUGCAUACUUUUUAUUUGGCCGAUUAAAGAGUCGUAUAUUUCGCAGGGGAGUUGCAUAAAGUAUUAUAUUAAAAAUUUAUCCACAAUUUGCCU